GUAUAUGUGCAAUGCACGAACCGCUUUACCGCAAAUAUCUGUCAGGGUUUCCUCAGCAACAGUACAGAGACUGGAUCAAGGCAAAGACUUGUAUCGAGUAAGCCCUAACCGUGACGUUGUGUGCGUCCGACAACAACAAAACAGCGGGCCUGCAAGUUGUAGCCUGGCGCGUUCACUUUAUCACUCGGGCGUGAACAGUGUAGCGGUGUGUAGGAAUAGCUGUAAGGACGACCCAGGUAUAUUGUGAUACACGCUUGCUGUGAAAAAGGAUUUCAAUACCGUUCCGAGUGUGGUUGGGGAUUUUAUAGUGCUUUAAAGAAACCUUUACACAGUCAAAUCUCAAACUACCUACAGAAAUGGCGUUGGGAAGCUGUCAUACAUGCAUCAAGUAUUUGAUGUUUGCAUUCAACUUCUUGUUUUGGUUACUGGGAUGUGCCAUCCUCGCUGUUGGAAUAUGGAUCCUGGUGGGAGACAACUUCAACAAGUAUGUAGAGGGCGCUGAGGAGUUCGCCUUCCUCCACACGGGGGCAUACAUCCUUAUCGUAGUUGGAGUCAUCAUAAUGGUCAUCGGAUUCCUGGGCUGCUGUGGCGCCAUCCGUGAGAGCCAGGUCAUGCUCGGACUGUUCUUCGGAUUCCUGUUCAUCAUCUUCGCAGUAUUACUUGGAGCAGGAAUCUGGGCAGUCAUGGCCAAAGACUCGCUGAAACAGCUUGUCUCCGACGUUCUGCAGAAGAAAGUGGAUGAAUCAUGUCAAAAUAACCAAGACUCAAAGAACUUCAUGAAGAUGGUCCAAGACGAGUUUGAGUGCUGCGGAGCUACUUCCGGUGUAAUAGAUUAUCUAACUACUUCCUGUGUCAUCAAUUCCAACGUUUUCCCAUGUGUCGCGGAGGCAACCAUGUCGGGUUGUAAUGAAAAACUACACGAGUUUUUCUCGGAGAACCUCCUGAUAGUGGCUGGAGUGGCCAUAGGUAUCGCGUUUAUUCUGAUUCUGGGAAUGAUUUUCUCCAUGGUUCUGUGUUGUGCGAUCCGAGACGUGUCGGCGUAACGUCCCAAAGCUUGCGCUGGAUGUCUUUAUUUAUAUGAUUGUAUAUGGCAGUGUAUAUGUAGUGAUUUCCUCAUUUCUUCUGAGAUUGGAAGGCAGCGACUGUUGUAUGACGCGUUGUCACGUGGGAUGAAUUCAGAAUAUGUAUUUCGCAUACCCUGCGUGGGAAAUAUGCGUAUGCGUUGCUAUGGCAAAACCCAAGAAACAUUUGGAAGCGGAAAAUUUGGCCAGAAUAUAUUUCUAAACCGGAAAUAAUGCUUUGAAGAUGUAUCAAUAUUAUAUAUUAUAUGUUUUUGAUAAAGUUAUCAUGCAAAUUAAUGGCAUGCAUAGUGAAUUGACGAAAAUGAGAUACGAAUGUUUUCGUUUGCUGAAUGAGUUCUUUCCGGAUUUUUAUAGUUCAUGCUAUUACUUCAAGUCCGCUGGGACUGAUUACGUCAUCAUAUAUUGUGUACUUAGUCAUCAGAUUUAUCCACAAAUAUCAUUAGUUUAUGAGAUCAUGUAUAUUUAGUGCUUUUGUUUAAAACUCAUUUCACCCCACCGUUUAGACGUUAUUUUCAUAAGAAUUAUGUUGCUGCUUGCCAUCUGUAAUAUAUAUAUACAUAUAUACAUGUGUCUUGUCAUAUGUGGAGGUGCAGUGAGCGGACACACCCAUAUAUGGACGUCUGAUGAUGAUCACACUACGCAGGACGAUCGGAUGGACAUCCUUAUUACCGUGAAACUGGCGCAAUGCGCUAAACUUGGCCUCAAUGUUUCACAUAUUUACAUUAAUUUACAUAAUUUUUGUAAGAUGUUCAAAGUAUUUUGUGUAGAUAUAUAGCUUUUAACUGGUGUAUUUUUUAAAAAACAAAACCAAUGUUCAAAGAUCUUGUCCACUACAUAUUCAAAGUGCCGGUGACCGAGAUUUUUUUUCUAUUCGACACGAUGGUCACUAUUUUUAUCUCCAAAUGGCGACACUCCUCCCAACGGAAGUAGACUGUUGCAGCGACACCUUGUGGAGAGAAAAUGACAUCCAACGGGAUCUACAUUUGACAAGUGUCAAUUGUGACCGUUUUUCGUAGCAAAACGAGGGUUACUUUACCGGUACAGAAUCUCAUUGAGUUGACCUUCCUCAACCUGCCCCGUGUUGUAGUUGCAUGCGCUGAUUCCGCGUCUACGUGUGUUCGUACAAAGAUAACACACGUACCACAUGCACGUGCAUGUGUAAUACGCUAAAAUAGAUUGCUUUCACGCGAUGUCGUGAACGUCACAGCAUAUCUUGAACGUGACUUCGUGAGUUACUUGAUUUUAAGUGCCUAGAAGGAAGCAAAAUAGAGAAAUUAUGCAAUUGAAACAAAAACAUAUGGAUUUGUUUUUGCCGCUUUCCGUAGCGACCUCUAGUGGCAAAACACUACCUAGUAUCGGUCGAUAACUCUAAUCAACGAGUCACAAAUGAAGACCAAUUUCUCUUUUGGAACACUUUGCCUUUUUUUGUAUCUCUCGCAAUGGCAGUACAUUUUAACUGACACGGGUCUUCUUGUUACUAAGAAAUCUUUAUUUUUCUAUUUAAAUGUGGUGGACACCAUCUUUAAUUAUUGCAUUCGUACCCAGUGUUAUUGGUUUCUCCUGUGUAUUUGUGUGUAAAGUAAGUAUUGCCGUAAUAUGAAGCAUAAUAACAAUUGUAGAGGUUUAAAAACAUGUAAUCGAAGAAAUAAUAACACUUCCGCACAUGUUUCCCCACUUUUUUCCGAGGGAAAUCCUAGCGAAGGAAGUACAAACGCCCCUUUAUUCUUCAAAAAAUUCAUCAUUGCACAAUAUGAUUGCGUCAUCAAUUUUAUCACAUAUUUCAUACGUCAUCAAUAAUGGCGUAGUUUGCAAUAUCAGCUAAGGGAGAAAGUAAAUGGUCACUCUUGCGAUAUAGGCAGAUAACGGUGUUGUAGUUUGACUUUUGGCCAAGCCUAGUUUUAUUAUAAAUAAUCUAAUUAUCUUUGCCUGGCUCCGGAGCGAUACAUUCUACUAACUCGGAAAAAUAUUCAGGCAUUUACGAAUAAAAAAAAAUUAAGCGAGUUUAUUUUCGACAAUUUUUAUUUUUAUGAUUCGAACAACAUUUCUUAUCUCUAACAAGUCUUAAAUAUGCUGGAGUCAGUAUUCUCGUUAGAUUUCCUCGUAAAUUAGUCAUUAUGUAUAGACUCGCGAGUAAAAAUUAAUUUUCAGAUCAUGCUAUGAAACUUAACAUCCCGGAAGUUGUCAACGUUAACUAGCACAGAAACGUGUACUUUUAAUUAGCUCAUGAAUGUGACCAUACACGGUGUUUUAUGUUGAAUGUUUUAAUAUGGUAUAUAUGUGUGUAGACACUAUUCUUUAUCACAUUGUUCUUCUAAAAAAAACUAUUUUGCUGUUUUACAUGUUGAACAUCUAUUAAUAAAGUAUUAAACCACAAUUACUGUAGUAUACAAGUUCAUAUUCCAAAUUUCAAUUGUUCUAUAAGACAAUAGUGUUUUGUUCUGAUCUUACCUAUUUUGAAUGCAUAUUAUGUGCAACUAGUUACCACAAAUUUAGUCUUGAACCCAAUGUAGAAAAAAAUAGAUAUGUAAUAAUUUGUCGUUAAAAUAAUUUCUCGCAGGGGGUAUAUGACAGUAGAAUAGCGUUUUAUGUGUUUACUGGGUUAAAUGCAAUAAAAGAUCCUUUUGAAAUAUC